AUGAUCAAUUAUAGAAAUAUCUUAAAGUUAAAUACUAUAACUAAAAGUAGUUUGAUUGGAUUAACAUCAUCAAUAUCAUCAGUAUCAUCGAUAUCAAAGCUCCCAUCAUCCUACUCGUAUCAAUCAAAGAAUGUUAUUAAUAAUAAGAAUAGUAAUACAACCUAUUUAAAUAGUAAUAAUAAGAUUAGUAAUCAUCAUCAUCAUCAUCAUCAUCAUCGAUCAUAUAGUUUUAUUGGACAUGGUAAUAAGGAUCCAAAUCAAAAGAUUAGUCUACCAAACAUUAAAUAUAUUAUAGCUGUUUCAUCUGCCAAGGGAGGUGUUGGCAAGAGUACACUAUCUGUUAAUCUUGCACUUGCACUCAAUGCAAUGCCAGGAAUAUCGGUUGGUAUCUUGGAUGCCGAUGUUUUCGGUCCUUCGCUACCCAUCAUGAUGAAUCUACGUAAUCAACAACCAGCAAUCGAAGAAACAACAAAGCGAAUGAUCCCUCUACAAAACUAUGGUAUCAAAUGCAUGUCGAUGGGUUUUCUAGUGGAAGAGGAUGAUGCCAUGAUAUGGCGUGGUCCAAUGGUCAUGGGUGCACUCGAAAAGUUGUUGGGUAGUACUGCUUGGGGCAACUUGGAUGUACUAGUGGUAGAUCUACCACCAGGUACUGGUGACGCUAUCCUCACAAUGUGUCAACGUGUACCUCUUAGUGGUGCUGUCAUUAUAUCUACUCCACAAGAUGUAGCACUUGCUGAUGUCAUUAGAGGUGUAAAAAUGUUUAACAAGGUUAAUAUUCCUAUACUUGGAGUAGUAGAAAAUAUGAGUCAUUUUGAAUGUCCAAAUUGUAAUCAUAGUAGUAAUAUAUUUGGUAAAGAGGGAGCUGUUAAAACAGCCAGAGAUUUGGGGUUGGAAUUGUUGGGAGAGGUUCCAAUCAACAUUGAUAUUAGAGAGUGUGCCGACAAGGGUACACCAAUCACCAUUUCACAACCAGAAUCAAAACAAGCUACCAUUUAUAAAUCAAUUGCCAAGAAAAUGUUGGAACAAUUAUUAAAAUUAAAACAACAACAACAACAAAAAUAA